CGAUCGGCCAAAUUUUCUUAUUUCUUGUCACAGUCACCCAGGCCUCUCACAAACACAAGUGAAUCCAUUAAACUGGAGUGUUUUGCCUCCUGCAACUGUCAAGAUUUAAUUUCUCAGCACUGUCAUGUGGUUCCAGGAAAACAGGGACCCGUGGUUUUCAUUUAGGCUUCAUUAGUUUUCUGGGAACUCGUCUUAAGCAGACGUCUGCAAGUACAAACUUGUGAUCUGAAGAAAAUGAAGCUCUGCGUGUAUGAUUAACAUAAGCGUCAGUGCUUAUCCAGUGACUUAAUCACCCUGUAAUUUUUCACUUUUUUUUCCUCAGUCUAGUUUUCAAUAGAGCACUUUUAGAUGGGCUUGCUAGUUAAAAUGACUAACAACACUGGCAAUUAAACCAACUUUUGUUAAUCAUUCUGCAGCCUGCUGACAGUUUCUUUCUAAAAUUGCUGCACUCCUCACAUUGUAUGUGUGGCAACAACAUGUCUGUACCUCUGCUCGCUGAAGCCGUGACCGUGUCUGGGACGGAGAAGGAGACGGCUGUGGUGAUCUUCCUUCAUGGCUUGGGUGACACAGGACACGGCUGGGCUGAUUCGUUGACGUCUAUUAGACUGCCGUAUAUCAAAUACAUCUGUCCACACGCACCCAGAAUCCCUGUAACACUCAACAUGAAGAUGACCAUGCCCUCAUGGUUUGACCUGAUGGGCUUAAGCCCAGAAUCCCCAGAGGAUGAAGCAGGGAUUAAGAGAGCAGCAGAGAACAUAAAGGCCAUCAUUGAUCACGAGGUGAAGAAUGGUAUACCAUCUAAUCGUAUUCUUCUGGGUGGCUUCUCUCAGGGUGGAGCUCUGUCUCUCUACACCGCCCUGACCUCUCAGCAGCAACUAGCGGGUGUUGUUGGACUUAGUUGUUGGCUUCCACUUCACAAGACUUUCCCACAGGCUGCAAGUGGGAGUGGAAACAAGGGCACUCCCAUUCUGCAGUGUCAUGGUGAGAUGGAUCCCAUGAUCCCUGUGCAGUUCGGGGCCAUGACAGCAGAGAAGCUCAAGACCAUCGUCUCUCCAGGGAACAUCACCUUCCGCACCUACCCGGGUCUCAUGCAUAGCUCCUGUCCUCAGGAGAUGUCUGCCGUGAAGGAAUUCAUUGAAAAGCAGUUGCCCCGAGUCUGACCUCAAUCUAACUCACUGUGACCCUUAGACACUGACCUCUCACCUCAGACCUGCCAUUCUCUCACAGGAAACAGCCAUGAUCCCCUACAACACAUGAGCAUGAAUAUUCAGUUGUACAUACUGUGAACAUGCAAUACAUGCAAACCAUCUCAUCUCACGCCUUUCUUUGUAAUUUCAUACAUCAUUAUUAUUAUUAUAAGUGACAACAGUUAACAUCCGUACAUACAAUAAUAUCCUAUGAAACUUUUUUUUUUUAUCUCAUUAACUUUCAUCAUACAUUCCUGUAAGAGUUAAAUCUCAAACCGUUUCCCAGUCUCUCUCUCUCCCCUGCUCCUCGGUCUCUUUCUCUUAAGCAAGGCGGUAAACGUAACAUUUUUCCAGACAGCUUUGUCGCAGAACUUGGGAAAGUUGAGAUGCUGCAAAUCUGUGUUGGUGGAGGGAGUUAGUGAGAGCCGGUGCCGUCUGGAGCGAGUCUCGUCGCGCUGCUCUGCUCUGCAUGCUGGUCCCACGGUGCAUGGCUUCAUCGGGACGCUGCAACUCAUACUUUUGUUUAGUUUAACUAGAAAUGUGAGAAAGGCAAGCUUAAAUGUCUCAAAUAAACUACUAAUGACUCAU